UUAUUUUAAUUAAUAUAGGUUUCGUGGGGCUUGAAUGUGUAAUAACGCUAGUUUUUAAACUAUCCAGCAUCUGUGAAAGUCCAAAAUGUGGGAAAAUGGAAUAAAGUCCAGCGGACACCUUCUCGGAUCCUCCAAGGAGUCCACUGAAAAAGGCUCCGUAAAUGACUACCAUUUUACUGAGACUUUAUUUUAUGCCAUUUGAUCUCGUAUCUUUUAUUUUCAUCCCAAUAGCAAAGUUGCAAAAGUCGCAAAUUAAUCAACUUCAUUUCAUUUCGCUCCAAAUAUAUUUUUUAAGCCUUAACAGACUCGGCUUAAAAGUCUCAUUAUCAAGCCAUAAAAACUUCAAAUAAAUAAAAAUGCUGAUUUUAAAAGCUGGAGUUGGAGAUGCCAAGUAAUAGUGUUCUGUGGGAGAUGCUAUGUUAAACGCUUGACAAAUUUUCCAUUAAAAAUUAAAUCGAAUAUUAUUACAGUCGCUCAUUUUUUCUUAAAGUAUAAGAAAUUAAAUACUUCCAUAAUUAGAAGCUCUCUUCUGUGUCCAUAUUAUAAAAAAAUAUCCUUAAUUUAAAUUUAAAUAAUGGUUCAAUGAAAAUCUGUGUAAGUACCAUUAGAUAAAUUGUCUCCCAAAAAUGUCUUGCAAUUAUGCAGAAGGACUAUCACCUUAUGAAAACAAAGGUAUACUAGGAGUCCCAGAGAAAUUUGAUUCAAAUGACAAACUGAACCAGAAAUGUGUACUCUUGGCUCAACUUGUGAAAGAUAGUAAACAUAUUGUUGUCCACACUGGAGCUGGCAUAAGUACUUCUGCGGGUAUUCCAGACUUUAGAGGGCCAAAUGGAGUGUGGACUUUAGAGAAGGAAGGUAAAAAGCCAACCAUCAAUGUAUCAUUUGCUGAUGCACAACCCACAAAAACCCAUAUGAUUUUAAAAAAGUUGGUUGAAAUAAAAAAACUUAAAUACAUUGUGAGUCAAAACAUUGACGGACUUCAUCUCAAGUCUGGUGUCCCAAGAAAAUUCUUAGCUGAACUACAUGGAAAUAUGUUUAUUGAUGAAUGUAACAUCUGCAAGAGACAGUUUGUCCGUAGCAGUCCUGUCGAAACUGUAGGCAAGAAAUGCAGUGGUGUGCCUUGUGCAGCUCACCAUGUGACGGGUAGACCUUGCCGUGGUAGAUUAUAUGACGGAGUGCUUGACUGGGAGCAUAGCUUGCCUGAAAAUGAUUUGCUAAUGGCAGAAUGGCAUUCAAGUAUUGCAGACUUGAGCAUAUGUCUAGGUACAACACUUCAAAUAGUACCAAGUGGUAAUUUACCACUAGAGACUAUUAAAUAUGGUGGAAAGUUAGUUAUUUGCAACCUACAACCAACAAAACAUGACAAUAAAGCUGAUCUCCUAAUAAAUUAUUAUGUAGAUGAUGUACUUGAGAAAGUAAUGGACAUCUUAGGAAUUGAAAUCCCCAGUUAUAAUGAAUCUGAGAACCCCAUGAAAUUUGCAGAAACAGCUAUUAUUGACUGGUCAAUAGACAGAAAAGAUGUCUUAGCUUUAGAAAAGACAUUCAAAUCAAAAUGCAAAGGAGUUAAAAAGAAACGAAUAUUAAUAAAAACAAAAAGAUUUACCAGUAAUGCCAAUGAUAUUGAAAAAUCAAAAAUGAUCAAAUUAGAAGUUAAGGAAGAGAAUGAAACUAAAGACUGGCCAUUGAAACCUUCGGAUCAAGAAUUUAUAAUUGAUCAAAAGGGUUCUAUUGUGUCUUGAUAAAAUUAUAAUAACUGUGAAACUGGUGGUGAUUAACUGGUGAAAUUUGGUUCCAUUUUAUUGUGAUUGGCUGAAUGCAAGAAAAACUUCUUUUAACACACCAAUGCCACAUUUUGUAUAUUGAUGGUGCUUCACUAUGAGAAAUAGCUGGAACGCCAAAAAUAAUUGUGACAAGUUUCAUCAUAAUUCUAUGAAUGUUUUAUUAUCGAAUAGAGGAAAAAUAUAAAAAACAUUCAUUAUAAACGUAUUUCAUAAACAUAA